AUGUGGGCCACUAACACACAACCAUUUACAGCAUAAUUGCGAAACAAACAUCUCAUAAAGUCUGUGUCUUCAGUGCGUAAGUGUUAAUCAUAGAAAAUGCCAGCCAGUACUCUUCAAAAUUCGCCCAACGCGGUCCUAAACAAAUCCGUAGCCGACAGGUACAGAAAUUUACCUUGCAAGGGAAGAAUCAAAGCGACCUAUAUCUGGAUAGACGGAACUGGCGAAAACGUAAGAGCGAAAACACGUACUCUAGAUUUUGUACCAACGGAACCCGAAGAAUUGCCCAUUUGGAACUACGAUGGAAGUUCUUGUUUUCAAGCGGAAGGGGCCAAUUCAGAUACCUAUUUACACCCAGUUGCCCUCUACAACGACCCAUUUACCGGAGGAAACAACAAAUUGGUACUUUGCGACACUUACAGAUACAACAAACAACCCACGGCCACCAAUAAGCGAAAAUCGUGCUUAGAGGCAAUGGAAGCUGCCAGAGAUACGAUUCCAUGGUUUGGAAUCGAACAGGAAUAUACCCUUCUGGAUAUGGACAUGCGGCCUCUGGGUUGGCCCAAAGUGGGUUUUCCAGGACCUCAAGGGCCCUAUUAUUGUGGCGUAGGAGCCAAUAAAGUAUAUGCACGCGAUAUAGUUGAAUCUCAUUACAGUGCGUGUUUGUACGCUGGAAUAAACAUUUCUGGUACAAACGCCGAAGUUAUGCCUUCACAGUGGGAAUAUCAAGUUGGACCGUGUGAAGGCAUCGCGACUUCUGACCAGCUCUGGGUCUCUAGGUAUAUUUUGCACCGAGUUUCUGAAGAUUUUGGGGUUAUUGUAACGUUUGACCCUAAACCGAUUGAAGGGGACUGGAACGGAGCCGGUGCCCAUACAAACUUCUCCACUAAAGCGAUGAGAGACGAAGGAGGACUGCGUGACAUUGAAAAAGCGAUUGAAAAACUAGCUAAAAAUCAUCGACAACACAUUGAAGCUUAUGAUCCUAGAGGGGGAAAGGAUAAUGAAAGACGUCUCACGGGAAGUCAUGAAACUUCUUCCAUUCACAACUUUACGUCAGGUGUUGCCAAUCGUAAAGCGAGCGUGAGGAUUCCUCGUGGGUGCGCCGAAGAGAAAAAGGGUUAUUUGGAAGACAGGAGACCUUCAUCAAACUGUGAUCCAUAUUCGGUUUGUGAAGCUUUAAUAAGAACAUGUGUCUUAAAUGGCUAAACAUUAAAUUUAAGUAAUUUUUUAUAUAUACCUACGACUUAAAUUUUUACUUAAUUUGUUUAAUAGCGAAUUAUCAUAAAAUUGUAGCUUAAGGAAAAAUUGUAACGUGUAUUAAAUAAAUAAAUACUUUAAUAAGUG